AUGGCGCAUCAGGGAGCACUAUCUGCAGCAGUGGCCAGGAGUCUUGGGGGAUGCCAGCAUCCAGACAAGAACCCUGCACGGCCGGACAGAGCGGGGGCGCGCGUUGACACUGCCACCAAAGUGCUUGUGUGCACAGUCGCACUGUUCUCACCAAGGCGGGCGGACUUGUGGGCUCAGUUGCGUCUCGUUUUUGAUGUGUGUGAGUUGCGCCGGAUCGUGCAACGGAAGGAGGAAGAUUGUGGAUGGAGUGAUGUCUUGGAAACCUUCCACAUCACACAAGCUGAGCGAAACAGGCGCUUCUCCCUGUUUGGUUCCCAGUACUGCUCAUUUUUCGAUCCCCAAAGCCUGCCGCAAACAAUCCCUGAACCACUGACUGAUCCUCAAAAGCAGCUUGUGGUCUCCCUUCCGCUCAACAAGUACUUGGGCCGACCAUUUCCCAGCGUAGAGUUCUGUGGCAGUUUCGCGGAGAGCAACUUGGUGAAUGUCCUUGCCUCAACUUCUCCUCCAUGGAAUGCGCAGGUCCCGGGCUCCUGCAUUUGGCAGGUUGGCAGGGUGGAGCAGCUGUCCUUCAAUCAGCUACCGAUUUGUCAUUUUCUUCACGAAGCUCUGAACCGCCAGCUUAGCCGCAACAGGCGCAUCACCUGCCUUCUUGCAGCAUGCGUUCUCCGACUCAUGUCCAGCAAGAACUUGGAAGUCCUCUUCCGUGACAGGGCGAUGCUUGACAAAAGCGAAGGUGACAGGGAUCGGUUGUGGAGCCUGGUUGAGGUGCCCAAAUUCUUGCAGGUCUUCUUGACAUCAGCUGGCAAGCAUGACAUGGCCUGCACCUUGUUCGUCAUGUUGGUGCAGUGGCUGGCUGCCGAAGAUCGUGGUGUGCCACUCGGCGAUAGACAUGAGGAAAUUCGCAAUCUUGAUGGCCAGCGUUUUGCCGACUUCUCCGAUCUUGUCCUCCCUCAGACUCAUGGAGCAGAGCAACAUCUUCCCGAAGUUGUCGGAUGGCUUCUGUCACAGCUGAUGCAACUGGCGCGAGACCUCUUCCACGAAGCACUGCGCUCCACCCGGUGGGUGGGGUAUCAUGACAGCUGCGACCUUACACCCCGAGAUGUGGUGAGUCUUGAUGCUCCGGGUAUGCUGCCCUUCCUUCGCUCAGAGUGCUGCCUGGCGGCCAAGGUGCACAGUCGUAAGAGUCGUAAGGGCCAAGUCUUUGAGCCCGAGCAUAGCGUACACCAGGUUGCUUGGAGGCAUCAGCUGGAUGCGGAGUCAAGCCAUCUUCAAGUUUGUGAAGAUACGCAGGACAUCAAGGUGAAGUACUCUCUGGGAAUAGAUGACCAUGUCCACAAUCCCUACGAGGCCGCCCCACUUCUCAAGACGGUAAUCUCGCGACCAUGA